UAUAAAAAAAUUUUAAUUAUUUUUACGUUUGUAAUAUUUCCUUUACUCAUUUUUAUAUCGAUAAUCUUUCACAACUACGGAGGGUAGGGGAAAAGUGUUGAUCAAAAUGCGCUACCCUCAUGCCACACAAUCGGUAUCGGUUGAAAUGCGUUACCCACAUUAGCAUCAGGGUAAAUUUUCGAGGAAGCUCUAGAUAUGAUUAGAGAAGAAAUACGAAGUAAAAUCGUUUUCUCUUAAUAAUUCUUUAAGGUUAUAUCUUUAACUCUGCAUACAUCAAUUCAUCUACAAUAUUUACAUUUAUACUUUGUCUAAAACUGCGCCAUUAUAGAAGGCUUUUGAAUUGUUAUUUUAAGUAUAAUUCCCCCAUAAUCGAUGGAACAUGACAGGCUUUCAUCAAAACGCGGCGGUAAUUAAAAAAAAACAGAGUUUAGUUAGUCAGUUUUAUCCAUACUUGUGAAAUAAUUAAUUAAACUGCACGUGUUCUUGAACCCGCCAUUUUGCCGAUUAUGACCAGUGGUAAUUUAGACUUCUAAUUUCGUUGGAUUAUCGCUAAUAUUUUGUAGUUUAAUGCGCUUUCGUUUAACAAGACAAUUUAUUCCUAUUAACAUGAUUAAAUAAAUUAUUUGAUCGAUAUUAUAUUUAAAAUAUCAUUUUUAAUUUCCUUGAUGCAGUUGAUCCCUCUAAAGGAAACAUAAAUGCUCUUAGUUAUCGAUCAACCUCUUUAGUGUGAUGUGUGUUUAGUUAAGGUUAGGUUAUAAGUGUAUCUAAAAUGAGUGUUAAAUUCAUCAAUAUUAAACGUCCUUUUUGUGAGUUGAUAUGUCGAUAAAAAUCGAAAAAAGUUUAGAUAACGUGCCUUACAUCCAAUUGGGCUCGCAUCAAUUACGAUUAGAUUUAGAAGAUUUAACGCCGGAAGAAAAGCAAAGAGCUGAGCAAGAAUUGAGAGAAACGCCUGAAAAUGUGAAAUAUGCAUUAGAAAAACUCAAGGAAUUGUUAGGAGAUGAACCAGAUUUUUUCGUACCAAUCGACGACGACAUAUUUCUUACAAAAUUUCUGAGGCCGUGUCGGUUUAUUCCCGAAAAUGCUUUCAGAAUCAUGAGAAAAUACUACGGGUUCAAAAUAAAGUAUCCUAAAUUUAGUUGCAACAUCACUCCAGCUGGUAUCAGACAUGUUUUCGACAAAGAAAUUUUUAAAAUGCUACCAACAAGAACGUCUAACGGCUGCAGAAUCAUGAUCGUCAGCUUAGAAAAAUGGGACCCUAAACAAGUGAAAUUGGAAGAUCUGUUUAAAGCUGUAAUGGUAGCUAUGGAAAUCGCCAUGUUAGAACCGAAAACUCAAUGUGGUGGUGUCGAAAUUAUUCUGGAUACUAAAGGGUUAGCGUUAAUUCACAUUUAUCAGAUCACCCCUACGCUAGCAAAAAUUAUUUUAGAAUGGAUACAGGAAUGUUGUGCUGUAAGGCUGAAAGGAAUUCAUGUUAUAAAUCAACCGUUAAUAUUCAACAUGGGUUAUAAGAUAUUUAAACCAUUCUUAGGGGAGAGAUUAAAAAAAGCGUUGUUUUUCCAUGGACAUAAUGCUGAAAAUUUAUUAAAACGAAUUUCCCCGGAAAGUUUACCCCCAAAAUACGGUGGUACUGCUGAUAUUCCAGAAUAUCCAGGAUCUUUAUUUUCUGACAUGCUUUUCUAUUACGAAAAAAAUUUUGAAGAAUAUAAUACUUAUGGAUAUAAGGAAGAUACAAAAACAGUACAAACAUUUAAUGAUACUAAAGAGGAAAUAAGUGUAACAUGCCAUUAACGUGAGGAACUAAAACAAAACUUAAGUUCACUAUGUAUUUUAAAAUUCAUAGAUCGAUUUUGUGGAAUAUAUGUUUUUAUUUUUUAAUAAAAAUUCUCAUUUACUAAA